GGACUGUGGGAGUGCGCGGCGUUCUCCGGGUGGAGGGUUCGGCGCCUCCGGAGUCCGUGGCUGUGUAGGCUUUCGGUUUUCCCGCAGCUUGGGGAGAGCGACGGACGCGCUUGAUGACAGCAGAGUAGCUUCAGGGUCCGGAAGCGCGGAUCCGACGCGGGCGGUACUGCUCCCCGAGCCCGGCCCGCGAUGUCUCAAGGCCAGCCGUUGCUCGCUGUGCAGGAGGCCUUGAGGAAAUGCUUUCUCGCGGCGGAGCAGCAGGAGGGCCGGUGGCAGAGCGCCCUGCAGGAGUGCCCGGCCCUCCUGGCCUCCCUGGGCAAUCUGGCCGAGCAGCUGCAGGCCGCCGAGCAGCUGCGCUUCGAAGACGUGAGGGCCCUGCGGGCCUUCCCGGACCUAAAGGAGCGGCUGAGGCUCAAGCAGCUGACCGCUGGGGACGUGAUCCUGGACAAGCUCGGCGAGAGGCUAGCCACCCUCCUGUCCGUGUGCGAGGAGGUCAGCAGCCAUGUGGAGCGCGGGCUCCGGGUGUAUGAGCAGCACGCAGACGCCAUCGGCAUCGAUGCUGUCCUGCAGGCGUCUGCGGUGAGCCCCUCUGUGGCCGACAUGCUGGAAUGGCUGCAGGAUGUCGAGAGAUAUUACCGGAACGCGUACCUGAAGAGAAAGUGCCUCCUAUCCUCUAUCCGGUGGGAAGACUUGGCAAACAUCCAGGCUUUACCUAGAGCCUGGGGCAGAAUUGUGGAAGACGAAGAGCAGGACCUUGUCCAAGACAUCCUGAUCAGCGUUUCCUUCUUUCUGGAAAAAUAAGAAAGAUGCGUGUUGAUCUGGAGACCAGAGGACGCAGUUGAAGACUGACUACACUUAGCUGUCUCUAAGGAAAUGUCGGUCGCACAAGUGGACACAUUUGACAUUAAGGCCCACAGCCUCGAAGGUUCUGGGGAGAGCUGGUGCUGGCUGCUUCUGAUUGGGCGCCUUCAUUCCAUACCAGGUCAUAGCUAAGAGUACUUUUCUGCAGUUAAAAGGGCAGCUGUGCCCAGGGAUCACUCCUGGCAGGGCUCUGGUUAGGGAUUGAAAACCAGGUUCUCUGCGUGCAAGGCAGAUGCCUUCCUUACCCACUGUACUGUCACUUUGGCCCAAACAUCCCUGCUCUUCUAACAGUCUCCCAAAGUUUUAGGUUAAACACUAAGCUUCAGUACCCACCUAUGGAGAUAAAUGGAACCAGGUCAACUUCCUCCUUUCUUCUCUUCCCAACACUUUGUGGCUUCAUUUCUUUUGGUUAAAUACAAGUAUGUGACAUUGCUUGUAUGUCAUUUUCCGCUUGCUCCUCACUUGAUACUCCUUUUCAGAACGCACUUGGCGCCUUUUAUUUGCUGCUGUAGCCUCACUGAAUUGUUAUAGAGAUCAUACAUCCUUACACACACUCACGCAAGGUUGUGACCAGGAAGUAGUUAGGCCCCAGGUUCCUGGAGCACGUGCAGGAGAGGCUGGGCUGGCAGAGAAGCAGCAGCUGAGAAGAGAUGGGAAGGAAACAUUCAGCCGAGGCAGUACCACCAGCAUCAGCCGAAGCUCUGAGUCUGGACCAGAUUCUGUGGGUACCAGUGUCAGUAUCUUGAUGCAAGGGCACGAAGCUCUGGUGACUUAAAGGAAAAGGGACAGGGGAUUUCCAACUAUAGCCGCUCCCCGUCACCAAGGCAAUUUCCGCUGCCGGAGGCCGCCACAAGGGGGCAGCGAUGUGGCGCAGAUGCCUCGUCCUGCAGGUGUUCUGGGGAGAGGCCGCUCCUGAAACGGAUUUCUCUCCGGAAGUGGCCCUGCCCGGCCGCAUUCCUGUGGUGUGGGAGUAGCAAUGUGGGCAGGAGGCCGCCCAGCAUCUCGUGUGGGUGUUUCCGAGGCUGUGCCCUCACCUGUGGCAUGGCCCCGGGGAUUCCAGACCUGGCAGUUCCCUUGGUGGCUGUGAAAUCUGGGUCACUGGAAGGAAAGGAACUAAAUAAAGAAUACAGGCGAUUGCCAAAGGGAAAAUGACUUUGGGUUUUUUUUCCCCUUACUAUGAAAGUGAUGCAUGCUUUAUAAACUUGUAGGAAAAUUGUGAAAAACAUUUAAAUGUAGAAAGAUACAAGUCUUCCAUCAGAU